AAGCUGCACCCGCGCACAAAGCUUGCCGGGGGUGGGGGGAGGAAUAUGGCGCAAGCUCUGUCUGAAGAGGAGUUUCAACGGAUGCAGACUCAGCUCCUGGAACUCCGAACAAAUAAUUAUCAGCUUUCAGAUGAACUUCGGAAGAAUGGUGUUGAACUUAACAGUCUUCGACAGAAGGUUGCUUACCUGGAUAAGGAGUUCAGUAAAGCCCAAAAGGCACUAAGCAAGAGCAAGAAAGCUCAGGAAAUGGAGGUACUGCUGAGUGAAAAUGAGAUGCUACAGGCAAAGCUGCACAGCCAAGAGGAGGACUUCCGUUUGCAGAACAGUACACUUAUGGCUGAGUUCAGCAAGCUCUGCAGCCAGCUAGAGCAGUUAGAGCUGGAGAACCAGCAACUGAAGAAAGGGGCUACUGGAGAGGAGGCUAUUCAAGCUGGACCACAUGUGGAUGGAGAGCUGCUGCAGCUGCAGGCAGAGAACACAGCCUUGCAGAAGAACAUGGCAGCACUGCAAGAACGCUACAGGAAAGAGACUAUGAGGCUCUCUGCUGUCAGUGAGGGCCAAGGGGAUCCCCCAGGAGAUGUGCUCCCUGAUGCCCUGGCCCCCAUGCCAUUGGCAGAAGUGGAGCUGAAAUUGGAAAUUGAGAAAGAAGAAAAGAAGUUGCUCUGGGAGCAGCUGCAAGGCUUAGAGAGCUCAAAGCAAGCUGAAACUUCCAGACUCCAGGAUGAACUUGCGAAGCUCUCUGAGAAAUUGAAAAAGAAACAGGAAAGAAACAAAAUAGAAGAAAUACAACAGCAAAAAGAAGCUGAUCUGAAAGCACACUUGGCUCUCACCCAAAAGCUGCAGCAAGAACUUGAGGCUGCCAAUCAGAGCUUGGUGGAGCUAAGGGAUCAACAGCAGGGAGAACGCCUGGAGCAUGCAGCAGCUUUGCGGGCCCUACAAAAUCGGGUGUCCGUCCAGAGUGCAGAUGCGCAGGAACAAAUGGAAGGGCUAUUGGCUGAGAACAAUGCCUUGAGGACUAGCUUGGCUGCUCUGGAGCAGAUCCAGACAGCAAGGACACAAGAACUGAAUAUGCUUCGGGAACAGACCACUGAAUUAACAGCUGAACUACACCAUCGGCAGGAUGAAUAUGAAGAUCUUAUGGGACAGAAAGAUGACCUCAACUCGCAGCUCCAGGAGUCACUAAGGGCCAAUAACCGGCUGCUGGAACAACUUCAAGAAAUAGGGCAGGAGAAGGAACAGUUGACCCAUGAUCUCCAGGAAGCUCAGAAGAGUGCUGAGAAAAGGAAGGUCAUGCUGGAUGAGCUAGCAAUGGAGACAUUGCAGGAGAAGUCCCAGCACAAGGAAGAACUGGGAGCUGUCCGAUUACGACACGAAAAGGAGAUGCUGGGCGUGCGAGCCCGUUAUGAGCGUGAGCUUAGAGAGCUGCAUGAGGACAAGAAACGGCAGGAGGAGGAGCUCCGGGGACAGAUUCGGGAGGAGAAGGCCCGAACACGGGAAUUGGAAAAUCUUCAGCACACAGUGGAAGAACUUCAGGCUAAGGUACACUCCAUGGAUGGAGCUAAGGGCUGGUUUGAACGGCGCUUGAAGGAGACCGAGGAAUCCUUGCUGCAGCAGCAGCAGGAGCAAGAGGAAACCCUCAAGCAGUGCCAGGAGGAGCACGCUGCUGAACUGAAGGGCAAGGAGGAAGAGCUUCAGAGUGUGCGGGAUCAGCUCCUGCAGGCCCGGGAGGAGCGAGAUGGCUAUUUGAAGACCAUCAGCAGCCUGAAGCAGGAGGUAAAGGACACAGUGGACGGGCAGCGGAUUCUGGAAAAGAAAGGCAGUGCUGUGCUCAAAGACCUUAAGCGGCAGCUGCACCUGGAAAGGAAACGGGCUGACAAACUUCAGGAGCGGCUGCAGGACAUCCUCACCAAUAGCAAGAGCCGCUCAGGCCUUGAGGAGCUGGUUCUCUCUGAGAUGAAUUCACCAAGCAGGACCCAGACAGGGGACAGCAGUAGCGUCUCUUCCUUCAGCUACCGGGAGAUUUUGAAGGAGAAAGAGAGUUCAGCCAUGCCAGCUAGGUCUUUAUCCAGCAGUCCCCAGGCCCAGCCCCCUCGGCCAGCAGAGCUGUCAGACGAGGAAGUGGCUGAGCUGUUUCAGAGGCUGGCUGAGACACAGCAGGAAAAAUGGAUGCUGGAGGAAAAGGUGAAACAUUUGGAGGUGAGCAGCGCCUCUAUGGCAGAGGACCUCUGCCGGAAAAGCGCCAUCAUUGAGACCUACGUCAUGGAUAGCCGGAUUGAUGUGUCUGUGGCAGCAGGCCACACAGACCGAAGUGGGCUGGGCAGUGUCCUGAGAGAUCUAGUGAAGCCCGGCGAUGAGAACCUUCGGGAAAUGAACAAGAAGCUGCAGAACAUGUUGGAGGAGCAACUCACCAAGAAUAUGCACUUGCACAAGGAUAUGGAAGUUCUAUCCCAGGAAAUUGUCCGGCUCAGCAAGGAAUGUGUGGGGUCCCCUGACCCAGACCUAGAACCUGGAGAAGCCAACUAAAGACCUACAGGCUACACCUGUUCCCAUCCCCUUCCAGAAUGCCACUGUCUCCUCUUGGGCUGUGGUGGGAAGAUAUGGAGGCUGUCACCAAAUGUCAUAGUUUGGGAGAUAGACAUUAAAGGGGCUAGAGGCCUGUCCAUGGCUGGUGUUGAUGACCCUGAUAAUAUGGCAAAGGCCGUUGGGGAGAAGGGAUCCUGAGGGAAGGGCAGGGAGUUUUUUCAUCUUGGCUCUGGCUCCCAGGGUCACCUGCCUUCAACUCUGCAUGAGCUCUCUCUCCCUCCCAGAGACCAACUCUUUUUUUCAUCUUAUUUUAUUUUUUAAUUUAUGUCUGGAAGCCUGGCUACUCUGCAUUUGGGCCUGGGGAUGUUGGGUGGGGGUGCAGUCCAUGCUCAAUGUUCUAGCAAUGUGUGUAUGUGUGUGAGUGUGUGUGUGUAAAGGCUAUGCAGCCAAAAUACCAUCUGGCCAGACGGGCCCAUCCACUGAC